AUGUCAACUGAAUAUUUGAAUUACGAUGAUUAUGUAUUAUACAGUGGUACAAUAUCUAAUGCCGUUGGAGAUAAAGGUAGUACAAUAAAAAUUGACGAAUUCCCGAUAAGUGAAGAAAAUGUAAAAGAUAUAAAAGAUAUUAUUUCUACUUAUCUUUGGAUAAUAAAACGGUAUUUUGAGUAUGUUAAUAAGAAUGAUUCAUUGGAUAAAAAUAGAACAUGCAAUUAUAUUAAAUACUGGUUAAAAAAUGAUCUGACAAUUAAAUAUAAUAAUCAACGUAAAAGUAUAAUUAAUUAUUUGAAUAAUAAUAUUGAUACAUAUAAUAUUGUUCCAAAAGAAAGUGGAUGCAUAUUCGAUAUAAAAGUUGAUGAUGAUGUAAAAUAUAAAAAAAUACAAAAACUAUAUGAUGUAUAUAAUGAGUAUAGGAUGAUAAAACAUUUGAUCACAAAGUAUGACUAUCUAUCAACUAAAUGUCUUUAUAUUAAAUGUUUUAUUAAUAAAUAUAAUGAAAUCUUAGAUAGCACUAUAUCACCCCGGGAUGCUGAUUUGUUUCCUUUAUUAAUAUAUAUCAGGUGCAUAUAUGAAUAUAAUAAGUUUAUAUCUAAUAAAAACUGCGACGAUAAUUUUCCAAACAUAAGUGAUAAGAAUAUUUCCGCAUAUUAUAGAGAAAGAUGCAAUAAUCUAAAAAAAGAAUGGAAUGUACGAGACCAAAUAAUGCAUAUACAAGGAAAUUCUGUUAACUUUUUCCCUAUUAAUAAUACCAAUAAAUAUCUUAUAUUAACAACAGUAUUCGUCUGCGCAGUUUUCGGAGGAAUUUUUUUAUAUUUCUAUAAGUUUAGAGAAUCUUGGAACAGUUUACAUUUUCGUUUUCAAAGAAAGAUGAGAAAGAAAAUGAAUAUGAAUCACGAGCCAUGUGAAUAUAUAAUAAGAAAAUAUGAAUUUGAUUGUGCAGUUCCUCAUGAAAAAAUGUAUAACAUAACAUAUAAUUCUGUAAGGUGA